UUUACAUCAGAACUCACACAAUCACAUCAGCCACUGACUUUUUAAAAUGUGAAUUAAGUAAUAUGGCAUAAAAUACUGGCUAGAGCUAUUUGUAUUCGAAGUUACGAUCAUUCAUAAUAGUUAAAAAAAUCUUCAAAAUAGUUGUUUGAAAGCUGACGCAGUCUGAUAAUGGAGAAUGAAAGAUCGAACGCCAGUUUUUGUUCCAAUAAUCCAGUAGCAAGUCAUGAUGGGCAACCAGUCGACGAAGAGAAUGAAGGAAAAGGGGAGGGAUUUUUUACGGCCGAAGAUGUCAUCUCUCACUGGCAGCAGAGUGGGCACAGUCGAAGUAAUAGUCACAGGAGUGACAAGUCGCAGCACUUGAAGAAAUCAGACAAAAGAAGCGAUUUCCAGGGUGACUGGGAUGACGCAGACAGUCUAUCAGAUGAUAGCAGUGAGAGGAGUAGUGUAGGAGGAGGCAUGUCGAAGUUCCUGGAGAAGCAGUUCUUCCAGUUGGUCGAAGACAACGACUGUGUUGCUGUGGAGGAAAUGCUAUGGAAACACAAACACGAAGUUCAAAUGGGUGGGAGGAACAAGGAGGGAUUCACUGCACUGGGACUGGCUGCAAUCUGUGGCUCCAAGGAGAUGAUGGAAACUCUGUUGCACAGUGGGUGUGACAUGAAGGAGGAGCCGCUCAUCUGCAUACAGCAGGACUUCCAGCCGGGCCUCAUGAUUCUGCUGGACAAGUUAGCCCAGCAGGGUGUAGAUGGGGCUAAUAUGUCGCUGAUGGCCAAGAGUGGGGCGACGUUUCCCAGGGGAGCUAAUUGUGUGAUGGAAGCCUCUGUCAACAACAACAUCAACAUGCUCAAAGUGCUCUCUUUAUAUGGAUCCAAGCCCCUUCCCCCGCCCACUGUGAGAGUACCCUCUAUGUUCGACGUCAUGCUUAAAAGUCUCAGAUCCAUGGAAGACCGGUCGAAUGUGUUGGAGCAUGCCGAGGGGAUGCUGUACACCUUGAAGGCUCUCUCCAGUCCGGCCUAUGCCAUGAUCAUGGAGAGUGAUGACCCCCUCAUGGCCUCCUUCCAAAUGGCGCAGAGACUCAAAUACCUCGCAUCGAAAAUGCCCAUGCUUAAGGACGAGUUGUUGAAACUUGCGGAGCAGCAAGAGGGCUUUGCGGCCGAGUGGCUGGGCAGUGCAGGGGACAACUACGAAGUCAACAUAGUACUUGCUCUAGAGGAGAAGAAAAAGAGUCAGGCGAGAAGUAGCAGAGAGGAUUCGGACAGGGUAGUGGACCCAUACGCCAGACUCAGCUACGCCCUGAGAAACAACCACCAGAAGGUAACUGAGCACACAUUGAAACUAGGUCUGAAAAAAUAG